GUUACUAUGACAAUUCGAUACAUAGCGUUAUCAACGAUAGGAUUCAGUUCCAUAGCAGUGAUAUUUAGUGGUCUUACUUUUUUGACCCAACAAACAUUAACUGUAAAAACUCAAUGUUUUGCCAUUUCCACAUCCGCACUUAUAGAGGUUUUCAUCUGCGCAUGGCCAGCUGAUUAUUUAUUACGCACGAGUAAUGACAUUGGUUAUGCUGGAUAUGAAUCAUCAUGGUACAAUAAAGAUAUAUCUUUACAGAAGAAUUUGUUAUAUACUGUGUCGAGAUGUCAACAUCCUGUAACUCUAACUGUGCCAUGUCUGUUACCGAGUUUUUCACUUAAUUAUUAUGCCUCUUUUUUAUCAACUACGUUUUCCUAUUUCACAACAUUUCGAGCAAUGCUUGCUAAAGAAGACGGGUUGCAAAUGUAA